UCUUUAUCUAGCCUGUCAAAACUGCACUGGAAGGAGAGCAACGUGGGAUAACGUCAGUGAAAAGUGUGUGAAAUCCAACAAAUUCCUUGGUUUAAUGUAAAUGUCUGGAUUACAGGAUCAGCCGAGGAGUCACUUAUCUCACGAGGCAAUCCUGUUCAGAUUUUAUAACUGAGCGAGUGACUGAGACGCGGACAAGCCAAGAGAGAGAAUCUACCUUCCCCCUUCAGGACGUCUUGUCUCCUACCCUCUCUGAAAAGCAUCUGCCACCAUGAAUGAAGUCAGUAUAGUCAGAGAGGGCUGGCUCCAAAAAAGAGGUGAAUAUAUCAAAACAUGGAGGCCCAGGUAUUUCAUCUUGAAAAGCGACGGUUCCUUCAUAGGCUACAAAGAGAAGCCUGAUUUAAAUGACCAGACCUCCCCACCUCUGAACAACUUCUCUGUGGCAGAAUGCCAAAUAAUGAAGACUGAAAGACCCCGACCCCACACAUUUGUCAUCCGUUGUCUACAGUGGACCACUGUCAUUGAACGUACUUUUCAUGUGGAAACCAAUGAGGACAGAGAGGAGUGGAUGCGGUCAAUUCAGUUUGUGACAAAUAGUCUGAAAAUGCGGGAACAGGAGGAGGAGGAACCAAUGGAUGUGUUCGGAUCCCCAAGCGAAAGCCUGGAAGAGAUGGAGGUGGCAAUGUCCAAAGCUCGCAUCAAAGUGACGAUGAGCGACUUUGAGUACCUGAAGCUGCUCGGCAAAGGAACCUUUGGGAAGGUGAUUCUUGUCAAAGAGAAAUCAACUGGAGUACAUUAUGCCAUGAAAAUACUGCGCAAAACAGUCAUUAUAGCCAAGGAUGAGGUGGCCCACACAGUUACAGAGAGCAGAGUGCUACAGAACACGAGACAUCCGUUUCUUACGGCAUUGAAAUAUGCCUUCCAGACACACGACCGCCUGUGUUUUGUAAUGGAAUAUGCCAACGGAGGUGAGCUUUUCUUUCACCUGUCACGUGAGCGAGUGUUCACAGAAGACCGGGCACGUUUCUACUGUGCUGAGAUCGUAUCAGCGCUGGAGUACCUGCAUUCACGUGACGUUGUUUACCGUGACCUGAAGCUGGAGAAUCUUAUGCUGGACAAAGACGGACACAUCAAAAUCACAGACUUUGGUCUCUGUAAGGAAGGCAUUACACCAGACGCAACCAUGAAGACCUUCUGUGGAACUCCUGAAUAUUUAGCACCUGAGGUCCUAGAAGACAAUGACUAUGGCCGAGCAGUGGACUGGUGGGGUCUGGGUGUAGUCAUGUAUGAGAUGAUGUGUGGCCGCUUGCCAUUUUACAACCAGGAUCAUGAGCGUCUGUUUGAGCUCAUCCUCUUGGAGGAAAUUCGCUUCCCCAGGAAUCUGUCGCCUGAGGCUAAGUCCUUGCUGGCUGGCCUGCUCAAGAAGGACCCUAAACAGAGGUUAGGUGGAGGUCCCGAUGAUGCCAAAGAAGUAAUGAGUCACAAAUUUUUCAUCAGCAUCAAUUGGCAAGAUGUGGAACAAAGAAAGCUGACUCCACUCUUUAAACCCCAAGUGACGUCAGAGACGGACACCAGGUACUUCGACGAUGAGUUCACAGCACAAAUCAUCACACUGACUCCUCCAGACAAGUAUAACAGUCUAGACUGCGAUGACCCCAGCCACGAAGCACAUUUCGACCAGUUCUCCUAUUCUGCUAGCAUAAGGGAGUGAUGGCGUCUGUGCCUUGCAAAACACACGACACAGGAAGACCCAGGCCACAUCUCUAACAGCAAUAGAAUAACCAGAACCCCUUUCAACCACACUACAGACAAAGCUUGGCCGCAGUGCCUGUACUAUAUCAAAGACUUCUGUACCUCACGUUACUCAUUUAUACGAUUCAGCAACACAAUCAGAACUCUGCUGGUAACGCCAUCAGAGGGCCUGUCAACACACAGGUCCUUCAUCAUGUUCGAAAUGGCUGUUACCACUUGGUGAUAGGAUUUAUAUGAGGGAGGAAGAAACGCCAGAUUGUAGGGUGUUUGCUUUGGUGGGCAUGCAUGUGGGUUUCAAUUUUUCCUUUUGAAGAAAAGCCAUCAAAAUCCAAACUGAAUGUCUUCACUUGAGUUUAAAUGAGACUGUCAGGAUGAGGUUUUGUUUGUCCUUAUAUGCAUCAGAAACAACAGAUUGAUUGAAAACACAUCAUGAUUCAGUGUCUUCAAGGAGGAAUUGAAAUGUGCUGUCUAUUUUUAAAAUGUAUGCAAUGAAAAAUCACUUGUAUGUUAAUUUCUCUCUCGUCUCAGAUUGCUGUGUCACAAGUGCUGUUUCCAAUAAUUGCAAUAAGCAAUUAAUGGAAGCUGGGAACACCUUAAUGCACAAUGUGUAUGUUUUUUUUUUGUUUGUUUGUUUUUUUAAACAAUGUUUCUUAAUUCUGUCACCCUUCUGAUCUUUCUUAAUCUGUAGCCAUGUAAUUUAAGAGGUGAUUAAGAGGUAGUUUUUCCCCACUGGGCACAUGUUCAUGAACUCAUGGACGUAUAUGCGCCUGUCAGAAUUUUCACACAAGUCCUGAAAGUAGACAAAGAGAAUUCAGUUAAAAAAAAAAAAAAAAAAAGAAAUAUUACGUGUGUGUAUUUGUGUGUUGAGGGAAAUGAGCGCAAACGUUACAGUUGAAUUGAGAAGUUAGUGCACCUCUAGGAUUACAAGUUCAUUUCAAGGUCCAUCUGUUCACAAGUGUUUCCAACUAAUGUAAUGAGACUCGUGUCAUUCAGUGCCUUGUUCUUUAAAAUAAAACAGGGAUUUUUCACAGUCUGAUCUUCACAGCACGUGGAUUGAGCUUUCUGAGGAUCUCAGGAGUGGCUGACCAAUUAAGAUCACUCUAAAUGUAAAACGCAUAAUAGUAUGAGAAGUCACAAACGAACCCAGGGUAACAUACACACAAUUAGGAGCCUCUCUCCCAUUGGCUAAUGUGAAUGUUCAUGAAUCCACCAUCAGGGGAACACUGAACAACUCUGAGCAAGGACAAAGCCACUGCAAAAUGCAAAAAGAGCGUUUCUGGUUGCAAAAUAGACCAAAGCAGAAUUGUUUGUUUUAAAUGAGAGGUGUAGUGUUUGUCCUUGCCUUUAAAAAGGUGCUUUCACAUCUGUAUUUAGUUCAGAUUCAGGGAGAAAUUUUAAGGACCCCAACGAAUCCACUGAAAGUUUACCGAGACGCUCCUGGUUUCGAACACAAUGUGAAAGCAGGAAAAUUUUCUUACGUUAUAACAAACCAAAUUGAAUGUAAUAUUUUAAUGCCCUUUUGGCCUCUGAAUCCGUUGACUUUUUUCAGUUAUUAUUAUUUGCUCAUUUAGUUCCAGUGCCUCCAAACAUCAAUGUGCUUCUACAUAUAACUGUACAAAAAGAAUAUGGUCCUGAUAUUUUGAGUUUUGGUGCAGUGGUAGCCUGUAAGGAUUUUUUUUUUUUUUUUAAUUCUAUUUUUCAUCUAUUGCAUUGUGAGUGUGAAUCUGUACAUGAAGCAGCAGUCAACCCUGUAUUGGUGCAACCCUGUUGUGUAACUGUUGAUAAAUAAAGAGCUGAUGCAGGCAUGUUGCUAAACAUCCUCUUGCUGACAGAGUCUCCUACCACAUAUUAAAAUAAGAUAAAGAACAUUAA